CUCGAGCAACAAAUGCUUAUUUAAAGCAACCUAGAAAUGAAUACUGAAGACUUUAGAGAGUUGUUUCCAAGAGCAAUUGCGGCUUCAGGCCCAGGUGAGACUUUUGGAGCACAGUGUGAGGCAGCAACAAGCAAAAAUUGUUCAGCUUUUAAUGGAGCGGGAUGCUCAGAAGAGAGAUAAAGGAGAUGAAAACAGUGUCAUCAGUCUGGGAGAAGAGAGGGAGUAUAUAGAUUGUGCUGAGAUUUACAAUGCUGGAUAUGCACAGAGUGGAUUUUACAAGAUAAAACCUCUCAGGAGCCCCCAUGGAUUCUUUGCCUACUGUGACAUGUCAGAAGGAGGAGGAUGGACAGUCUUUCAGAGACGUUCAGAUGGAAGUCAAGAUUUUGAUAGAGACUGGGCUGAGUAUGAACAAGGUUUUGGUGAUUUUACUUCACCAGACGGCGAGUACUGGCUUGGAAAUAAAAAUCUCCACUAUCUGACUUCUCAAGGGAAUUAUACCUUAAAAAUUGAUCUUUCUGACUUUUCGGAUGAACAACGCUUUGCACAAUAUGAAAAUUUUCGGGUUGCAGACGAACAGAGUUCCUACACAAUGAGUUGUGGACAAUACUCUGGAACAGCUGGUGACUCCCUCACUGGGGGGUUUCACCCUGAAGUCAAAUGGUGGGCAAAUCACCAAGGGAUGAAAUUCAGUACAAAAGACAGGGAUAAUGACAACUAUGAAAAUAACUGUGCACAAGAAGAUAGAGCUGGAUGGUGGUUUAACAGAUGUCACUCGGCCAAUCUUAAUGGUCUGUACUACGAUGGACCCUACUCAGCAACAACAGAUAAUGGGAUUGUGUGGUACACAUGGCAUGGAUGGUGGUAUUCUUUGAAAUCUGUUGUCAUGAAAGUCAGGCCAUCCAAUUUCCGUCCAAAUGAACUUUAAGUCUAUUUCCUGUCAGUUUCAAUUGUAACAUAUUUGAUUUCUUCAUAUACCACUGUGCAAAUUGGGAGCAAUUCUUCUAUGAAUCAUGACUGAAAUCCAAUAGAAAGUUAAAGUUUCAGUAGGCUUAAAUAUACAUAAUGCUGAGUCAAGGCAAAUAGAUUUUACAAAGGGGCACGUAAUAGCAGAAUUUGACCCCUAAUAUAUGGUGCUGAUGUAGGAACUAUGGAAAUCAUUCUAGGUAUGGCCAAUUUGAUAGUGGCUUCAUUGUCUGAGGGUUUGGGAUUCAAUGUAGUCAUUUGUCUUUAAAGUGUCACAUGACUAUUGAUGUCAUACAACAGAUUUAUGUGGCCACUCCUUUAAACUAAGCAACAAUGUUGGUAAAUUAUACCUUUUAAAACAAAGAUUUAUAGCUUUGCACUAUCACAAUAUAUCUAUAUACGAAAAGCACACUGGAUGUAAUUCAGUCUUCCGGAUGUUUUAAACUAGUGACCUAUAUACUGCAGCUUUAUCAUGCACAGUCUGCAAUUUUCGUAACCCUAUAUCCAGCUUGUCACAUUAUAUUUGUAUGGGCUAUAGGUCUGGGAGAGCCAGAUUUCAUAAUGGAUGCACAGUAAGUGAAACAAAAUGAAUGUGAUUAAGCAGAUAUUACAUCAAAUUAAGAGUACACUUCCCUUAGUUAUUAGAGUCUAUAAUUUCUGCUAUUCAAUUUUGAUGUGAUUUGAAGUUAUUAAAGAACCUGAACGUUGUUCUUUACAUAAUGGACUUUCUAAGCAUAGCCAGCUCAAGAUGAGUCAUUUUAUCUUUUUAAGUGAUACAAACACGUAAUGGGAGAGAGAAACAGCAAAUUCCCAUGCAUAAUCUCCAGAGCUGACCUUUGAAAUAAUGUGCAAUUAUAUAUACUCACUGCAAUGCCAUGGGUACAUUAUGAGUACAUUCCCAUUUGUUUGCUGCUACUCAUGGUACGUGACACUUUUCACCCCGUUAUGUUUUCUGUUUUGAGAAACUAAAUAGCUGCAGAUGUAUAAGUGACAAAAGAAAAAAGAGAAAAUGACAACAAACAAACAGUUUGGAAUAGAGUCAUUUAUAUAGUUCAUUUAUAUAGUCAAAGAAGAAAGUGCCAAGGAAGGCUUAACGUUGAACAUUAAGAAAACAAAUAAUGAUCAUGGAGGAGCUACACAAAUUCCAUAUAGAUGGAAAGGAAACUGAAAUGGUCAAUGACUUCUCAUACUUUGGAUCAAUGACUGACUGGAAUGUAAACUGCAGUCAAGAAAUCAGGAGAAGACUAAGACUGAGAAGGGCUGCUAUGAAAAAACUAGACAAGAUCCUGAAG